AUGGCCGUCGAGAAGAUCGUCACCGACCCUGCCCUUAUCCCCGCCUUGAAAACCUGUUCCGACACUUUGAGCCAGGCCCAUAAGCUCAUCGACCUGCUGGAGAAGGCCAUCCAAAACCCCUCGUCGAGCCCUAACAAUACGCUGCAGGAUGCAUACAAACAGCAGAGACAUGUCUACUCAUUGCUAGCCCAACUACGUGGACUCAACCGGGAGGCCAUUCUCAACGUCAGAUCAACGAAACAGGCAACUGCGGAGGCACGCCAGGAGAUAGACAGGCUACAUCUGCAGCUCCAGAAUCUAUACUACGAACAGAGACAUUUGAGCGGUGAGAUAGCUGCGUGCGAGUCAUAUGACUAUCUGUCGUUACCCUUAAUACCAGUGGAAGAGUUCAUUGCCUUGCAUCCAGAGCACGCCAAUUCGGAUGAACAUGAACUCACAAUCGCCCGGAUCAACCAUGAACACGCAGAGAGGGAGAAGCUGGAACAAGCCCGUCAAGAACUAUUAAAGAAGAAGCAAGCUCUAAUCGCAGAGAACAAAAAGCGCAAAGAGGAUCUAGCCAGUUUAGAUCAAGACUUGGAACGGUUUAUUGAUGUUAGUUCAUUCCUUGGCCUACAUACCUCUUUGGACCCUGCUAACCGUAGCAUUCAUUCAUAG